UCAAAGUAAAAAUUUUACCACAUUUUAUUUACUCAUUAAUAAUGAACGAUAUAGUCAACUUGGACUUAAAUAAAGUAUGUCGCACAUGUCUUGGUAGUGCUGGAAUGAUGGGAUCAAUCUAUGACAAUGCAUCCUUGAUAUAUAUGAUAAAGUCAUGCGCUAAAGUGCAGAUACAAAAAGAUGAUGGCUUACCAUCUAAUAUCUGCCAUAUAUGUAUAGGUCAACUUUGUGCCGCUUAUAAUUUCCAACGCAUCUGUGAAAAUGCUUAUAAAACGCUUUGUAAUUACGUGAAUAAAAAAGUACCCGAUAACUCAUCAAAUUUGCUUGAAGACAAAGCAGAUGAAGUUAAUCAAUUAUUUGAUGAAACAACACAAAAGAUUUAUGCUUGUCCAGAUUGUACCCAGUGCUUUACUGAAGAAGAUGAUUUACAAAAUCAUUCAGAAAGUCAUAAUAUUAAAUUCUCUUGCAAGAUAUGCUCAAAUACAUUCGCAAACCUAGAAAAUUUAAAUAAACAUAUGGUAACACAUACUGAUACCAGAAACUUUCUUUGUUCAACUUGUGGAAAAACAUUUUUAAGAUCAAGUGAUUUAAAAAUACAUAAUAGACUACAUACAGGUGAAAAACCUUAUUGCUGUGAUAAAUGUGUGAAACAAUACAAGACCUCAUAUGAGUUAAAAGAACAUUUAAAAAGCCAUGCAAAAGAUAGACUUUGUUACAUUUGCUCAAUCUGUGGUAAAAGUUUAUUAACUAGAAAUGGCUUAUAUGUGCAUAUGAAAGUUCAUCGAGGAGAAAAAAAACAUAUCUGUCCUAUUUGUGGGUUAAAAUAUGUUACUUCUGGAUCUUUGGUACUACAUAUGAAAAUCCAUAGCCAAGAAAAGCCAUAUAAAUGCAAUUAUGCAAACUGUGAUAAAACUUUUAUUACAAAAGUAGCUUUAGUUACUCACGAAAAAUCUCACUCAGGAGAAAAGAAAUUUAAAUGCCCGCAUUGCAAUAAAGCAUUUGGUAAUUCAUCUAAUCUAAAUGCUCAUAAAAGGACACAUUCUGGCAUUAAACCUAAACAAUGCACAAUAUGUCACAAAUACUAUGGAAAUUCACAAUCUUUGAAAAAACAUUUUCGCCUACACACAGGAGAACGUCCAUAUAAAUGUAAUAUAUGCAAUGACACAUUCAUUUCAAACAGUAUACUAAAUACACAUAUUAAAGUUAAACAUAUGGAGAAACAGCAAGAAUGUCAUAUAUGCCAUAAAAGGUUUCAUUUAGCUACUGUUCUUCGAAAACAUUUACGCAUUCACAGUGGGGAGCGACCUUAUACAUGCCAAGAAUGUGGAAUGUCCUUUGGACAGAGCUCUGGAUUACAUCAACAUAUUAAGAGCCAUAAACAAGGAUUAUAUAAAAAUGUAAAUAAAACUAAUAUUAUUCAUGAUAAUGGUGAUAUCAUACUCCAGAAUAUAAUGCCAGCAUUUAUCUAA